UUCCUCCAUUAUUCUCUCCCAUUUCCCAAACUUCACACACUCUCUCUCCUCUCUCUCCCCCCUCUCUCCUCCAAACCCUCAUUUUUAUUCUGUUCGAUCAUCAAAUCCGUCUCUUUCUAACUUUGCUUUCUUGUGCUGAGAGAGAAAGAGGAAGGGUUUUUUUUGGGUUUCUCCUUUUCUCUUUUUUUUCCUUAAAAAAUGAUGAAUUGAAUCAAUUUAAUGGGUCUUUUGGUCUCCGAUCGACCUGUUUCUGGAUCUUAUGAAGUUGUAGUUUGGAGGUUUGAGAACACAGCAUAGUCAUGGACAAACUUCACUGAAGCACUUUCAACUUCGCUGAAGCUCUAUCGUGCCUGUCUUCAUAAACAUCAAAGGAAGAAGAGACCUUGGCGAUGCAAAGUCAAAGGAGUUCCGGUGAACCCUUCGCUGAAAUAUUGGAUUUUGAUCAUAGGUCAGGUUCGAGCACUGCUGCCAUGGAUCAGGAUAUUUAUUGGAAUAGCAUGGUUCUCCAUCCGUCAGAGGCCCAAAAUUUACCAAACUAUUUAGUCUCUUCCAGUGAUACAAAUAUGCCAUAUGUAAAUAUGUCUGCUGAAGAGGGUCCCAGUUUGAGUAUAUGGAAUUCAGGCGGAACUAGUUCUGGUGAAAAUUCUUUAGACCCGAGAAACCAUGAUGAAACCAAAAUGGAGCUUGGAUGGCCAACUUCACCUGGAAGCAGCGGCCCAAUUGAAGCAGACAACAUGCUUUCUCUGGAAGACGAUGACACCAAUCUAAAUACAACUCAAAUUGAUAAUGAUCAACAAUUUUCAUUUUCGUUAGGUUCAAACUUAAACGACGUAUCUCAAGAUCUAGAACACAAUGUAGGCGAUCAGGUCUCUGGAUCAGUGUUGUUUUCACAUCCUUACGUUCCGAGCUCAAUAGAAUGCGAGCAUGGUCCAUAUUCUUCAACUUCCAAUGGCACUUCUUCUGGAGUUCUUGGAUUUAUGGCAGGGGAUUAUGAUGAUAGGCCUGGAAGUUCAUUAGAUGGUAGAAGGUUAGCCUGUAAGAGAAAGAACAUCGAAGGGCUCUCUGGACAGUCUUCAACAAGUGGAAGCUCAAAUUUAUUUCACGCAAGUCAUAGCAAUUCAGUUCAUCCUGUUUCUGUUAGGACAAAUGCUAGUGCUGGUAUAAACAUAUCUAGCCCAUCCAGUUGUUUACCUGGUACGAGUUCCUCUGGAGAACAGAUGAAUCCAAGAUUUAGCAACAUAAGUAGAGAAGCAUCUCCAAAUGGUUAUAUGGCAGCAAAUGUGGCAGGAAAUGCUGAACGUUCUCAGAGAAGUUUUCGAUUGAGAAUGAAUCCUGCACUUCAACCUGAUAUCUAUCCUCCUAAUUUGUCUUCGUCGAGGAGUACCGCUCAGAAUUCUAGUAUUUGGUUACCCAGUGAACCAUCUUCUAAUCUCAUGCCGUUUAACCAGAGAUUGGAGCCUAGAACACUAGCUGCUGGCUCAAGUUCGCAGAAUCUGCCUCAUAUGCCAGCUAUUUUGGGGUCUUCCCGACCUAGGAUCCCGUACCCUUUGAUUUUACCUCCCAAUUCAAGAAACGGCAAUUCUUCAACCUCUGUAAAUUCAGUGGAGACUUUGACUGCUAUCCGAGAGGACACAAUUUCCAGGAACACCCCAAGAAAUGAUGUGUUGAUGCAGUCUUUGCUGGUUCCACCAACUGAAACCAGGAAUUUCACACAGGACUCUGCAAAUUGGAAUGUUGCUAAUGGGGGUGCUAGUAUGACUGGAGCAGCAGCUCCUACAUCAAGAGCUGGCAUGAGUUCUGGUGUCCAUUCAUCAGCAGGAUCAACAUGGACACCUCAUCAAAAUCCUCCUACCCAAUUUUCCCAAGGCUUAGCCGAGGCCAUUCGUCGGUCUUUACUUGCAUCAAUUGGCUCUGAGUCUAGAGGUCGGAACAGCAACUUCAUCUCGCAGCGGCCUGGUCAAUCUUCCUUUCUAGAGGCAGGUCAUCAAUCUGCAUCUGUUUCCCAUGGCAAUCAGCAAUCACCUAUGAGGACAGCACUUUUAAUGGAUAGACACAGUGACCGCAUUCCCUUGUCAAUGAGGAGUCUAGCUGCUAGAGAAGGGAGAAGUAGGAUGAUAUCAGAGAUUAGGAAUGCAUUGGAUCUCAUGCGCAGAGGAGAAAAUUUGCGAUUCGAGGAUGUUUUUAUGCUUGACCAUCCUGUAUUUCAUGGGGUGGCAGACCUGCAUGAUCGGCACAGAGACAUGAGGCUUGAUGUGGAUAAUAUGUCUUAUGAGGAAUUAUUGGCGUUGGAAGAGAGGAUAGGAAAUGUUAGCACUGGAUUGGGUGAGGAAACAAUUAUGAAGUGCCUGAAGCAGAGGAAACAUUUCGUCAUUGGAGUGGGGGCAACAGUUGAAACUGAACCAUGCUGUAUCUGUCAGGAGGAAUAUACGGUAGGAGAAGACCUCGGCGUGCUGGACUGUGGACAUGAUUUCCACACUGCUUGCAUUAAACAGUGGCUAACGCACAAGAACUUGUGCCCAAUUUGUAAAACUACAGGUCUUGUCACCUGAAGGGCUCGAGCAUACCUCAGCAUUGGCGGAAUUCAAAAAUAUUGGUCUUAUUGAUGCCUCAUAUAUCAAGGAUAUGUUGUGCUUCUCAGUUCAAAUGCUCAAUUUCCAAGUACAUAAUGUGUUCUGAUUGCCGGGCAAGAUAUAGCCUGAUAGUGAGUAUAAUUACCAAUAUUGCUAGCGGAAUGCGAGGGUCUAAAAUUUGAUAUGUUGCAGGCCAGGAGGAAUUAAUGCAUAUUUCAAACAUAUUUUCUUUUGUAAUUAUAUUUUGUAGAUUGCAACUAAUUAAGAAGCCAAAGGAGGUUUUACAUGCAAUAGCAUACGUUCUUAAAGAAUCUGUGAAUGAAGAGUGUCUUCAUGCCAAUUUCGUGCGCUGGCCAUGUUCAGCAUUCAAGAAACAGAACAGACAUUUGAGCCCAUAUCUGAAUUCCCAAUGUGUACAUCUCGAGUCUGUGCAUGACCACAUCAAAGUAUCCAUGUGCACAAAUGGGGGUUUCCAAAAUCUUUUGGCUAUGUAGAUGCAUAUUAUACUGUACAAAGGUUUUGAUGGCGAGGUAAAGAAGAAAAAGAAAACCUUUUAGCUCAUUUUUCAUCCUGUCAAAAAUCGAUUUUACGGUAGAGAUGCUUUGACCUCCCCCACAAUGCCUGUUGGGAUUAUGAUCUUCACCGUAACGAUGUUGUCCA